AUGAGGAGGGCACGAGAGCCUAGGGAGACGGUGGGGGAGACUAGGAGCACAGGAAGGGGCAGCGAGGAGGAGGAAAGGAGAAAGCAGCCCGAUCACAGAAAACACCCAGCUCAGCUGAUGCAGGGGAAAAUGAACACCCACACAAACAAGGAGCUGAUGCACUGGGUCAUCCUUCCUCAGGUUAUGUUUGGGGAAAAAUGGAAAUGUACACAGGCUUUGGCCAACCUGGCUCUGGCUGCUGACACUGAGGGGCUCCCCGCUCAGGCCAAGAAACAGACUGGGUGCUCCAAGAACACGGCUGACCUGGAAGGAAGGCAUGGCCACGACCGGAACAGAACGGCCGUCCUGGAAGCGCAGGCCAUGCCCCUCACUGGGGUGGCCUGGCCGCUGGAAUCACAGCAGGGAGUCUAGUUCAACCCGCAGACGGCGGAGAGAAGCUCGAAGGAGCUGAAAGAACUAUGUAAGGGAGGCAUCUGUGGAUGACAAGUCGGGGAGAAAGACCUCGCCACUGGGGGCAGAGCCUCCCUGGCCAUGCAGGUCACAUUAGCUCCGGCACACUCUGAAAAGGCAAGUGGCAACAUUACUGUUGCCAAGGGUGAGAGGAGGCCAGAUCUGAUCAGUCAGAUGAGAGAACUGCAGCUGGGAAGGAACCAUGCCCGGACCCCGGCACAAGCAGCAGGCCCUUUCUCUGUCUCUCUGUUCACGGAAGUCAGUCCGCAAACUGCAGACCUGAGCAUGUUACCAGCCAAGGCUUAUGCCAUGUCUGGAGAGUCCCAGCACAGGGAAUCUCUGCAAAAUUCACCCAUGCAAAGAGGGAGAUCACACACCCGAUGCACGUGA